GCGCAUGACGGCGUGCUCGGCGGGAGGUUGGGGCAGUGUAAAGCGCAGCUCGGCGCACUUGAGUGUGACUCGUACCCUCCACCCGCCCCUCCUGCGGUGAUGCUCAGAACGGGUGGCCCCCAGGAUGGGGGAGAAGAGGAGGAGGAGGAGGAGGAGGAGGAUUGCCCGGAGCUGGUCCCCAUUGUCGUGCAGCAGCAGCAGACGGAGGAGGAGGAGGGGAAGCCUGACCCCUGUGCUAAGAUCCCGGUCACGAUUAUCACCGGGUAUUUAGGUGCUGGAAAGACAACUCUCCUCAACUACAUUCUAACUGAACAACAUAACAAAAGAAUAGCAGUUAUUUUAAAUGAGUUUGGGGAGGGAAGUGCAUUGGAGAAAUCCUUAGCUGUAAGCCAAGGUGGGGAGCUGUUUGAGGAAUGGUUGGAGCUUCGAAAUGGUUGCCUCUGCUGCUCUGUAAAGGACAAUGGCCUGAAGGCUAUUGAGAAUUUGAUGCAGAAGAAAGGAAAAUUUGACUACAUAUUGUUAGAAACAACUGGCUUGGCAGAUCCUGGUGCUGUUGCUUCCAUGUUUUGGGUUGAUGCUGAAUUAGGGAGUGACAUUUACCUUGAUGGAAUUGUAUCUGUUGUGGAUUCAAAAUAUGGAUUGAAGCAUUUAAUGGAAGAAAAAGCAGAUGGCCUGAUCAAUGAAGCAGUGAGGCAGGUUGCUUUGGCAGAUAUUGUUAUAAUCAAUAAAACCGACCUAGUUGCAGAAGAGGAGCUAAUUAAAAUAAGAACACUCAUCAGAUCAAUAAAUGGACUAGGAAAAAUCUUAGAGACCCAAAGAUCAAGAGUUGAUCUUUCUAAUGUACUGGAUUUACACUCUUUUGACAAUCUCUCUGGAAUCAGUUUACAGAAAAAACUACAACAUGUGCAGACAACACAACCUCACCUUGAUAAGAGUAUUGUUACAGUCACAUUUGAAGUACUGGGAAGUGCAACUGAAGAAAAUCUAAAUAUAUUUAUUCAAAAUCUUCUGUGGGAAAAGAUUGUGAAAAAUAAGGCAGAUAGCACCAUGGAAGUCAUCCGACUAAAGGGGCUGGUGUCUAUCAAAGACAAACCACACCAAGUGAUUGUCCAAGGGGUCCAUGAGCUGUAUGAUCUGGAAGAGACUCCAGUGAGGUGGGAGGAUGACACUGAGAGAACCAACAGACUGGUGCUGAUAGGCAGAAACUUAGAUAAGGAAAUCCUUAAACACCUAUUUAUAGAUACAGUGACUAAGAAAAAAGAAAGCAGUUGAGACUACAUUUCAAAGAAAACCAAGUCUGUCCUUAACACUAGAAGCAUUUGUAAUCAAGACUGGAUGAUAUACUGGAGGAAUCAAUUUUUUGCUGUUUAUGAAUCUAUUUCAUGGCCACUGUUAUGGAUUCUAAGAUCUUCUUUUACAUUUUUUUCUUCUAUGUAAUACACU